CCCCGUAAUCGCUCCCAGGCAUUCCCGGCCUCGUCCCCCCGCACACACCGAAUCCCCCGCGGUCUGGCUACCGGCGGCGCGGCCCGUUUCCCCGCGGCGCAGCACUGUACGGAGCGCUCAGCCCGCCAUGGGCGCCGCCAUCUUGGGCGCCCCGCCUCUCCUUGGGUACCGCCCCCUCCGCAAACCGCGGCCCCUCCUCCUCUUCUUCUUCCCCUGCCCCGGGGCGCCCUCGCUCUCCCCACCGCCCCCCGGAGUUAACGGGACGCCGGAGCCGCUCUGAUGUCUCACGGCCCCGAGGAUCGGAACGACUCAAACGGGCCGGGGAUCCCCGGCGCUGCCAUCGCCCCCCGCCCCCCCCCGGACUCUCAAGAUGGCGGGCGCGCGGGACCCGGAUGCGGCGGCCCCUCCCAGGAUGGCGCCCCGGGGGCGGUGUGGGGGAAGGACCCGGAUGUCGGCUCACGGCGCCGCCAUGACACCCCGCACGUCCCCUCCCAAGAUGGCGCCGGCCAUCCGGCAGAACCGAUGCUCGGUGUCGGCCCUCACGGGGGCCCCCGCACUCCCUACCCUCCCUCCCGGCGCUCUCCGCUUCAUUUCGCCCUUACCGGGUGCGGCUCCGCUACCGCAGCGGCUCCAAGGCGGCGGAGCGGCCGGUGCCCGGGUGCGCGGGGGAGGGGUCACAAGAUGGCGGCGCGCUGCUAUGGGAAGGGGGGGGUCCAAGAUGGCUCCGCCCGGUGCCCGGAUCUUCCUCCUCCUCCUCCUCUUCCUCCUCCUCGCCGCGCGCACAAGAUGGAGGCGCCUGCCCGGGACGGAGCGGAGCUUUGGGCGCUCCCCCGCGCUCUUCGCUCAGGCCCCGCCGCCCCCUCCUCUAGUCCCCCCUCCGGGACAGCCCCGAUGCGGCGCCCCAAGAUGGCGCAGGUGGGAGCCCGCAGCUCCGCGGCGGCCCAAGAUGGCGGCGGCCGCGGGACCCGGAUGCGCCGCUCUCCGCGCCGCUCCGCCGCCGCUCCGCACCUGCAGCCAACCGCUGCCCGCCGACCCCGGGCGCCGCUUUCCGCCGCCGCUGCCGCUCGUUCCGGGCCGCCGCCGCCGCGCUGAAAGCCGAGAAAAGCCUGCCCGCCGCGCCGGCUACUGGCGCUUGGGAGCCGCCAUUUUGGACGCGUCUCCUACACCCGCCACAAAGAUGGCGCCUGCCAGUUCCCGGAUGGUGGCGCUUAACGGCUGCGGCGCUCACUGCGCGUGCGCAACCGCACCGGUCGCAAUAGCGCAUGCGCGCUUCACCUCGAUCUUGCGCAUGCGCCUUUCCCGCCUUUCCCGUAACGGAUUUUUGUUCAAACACCCGAAUUUGGCGCUUUUCGCCCAGUUUUGCCCUUCCGGAACCCAAAAUGCUCCGGGGGGGGGGGGGGUGGGAGAAGAGAGAAGGAGGAGAAGUUCCUCAGCAAGGGGUUCGGGAUGAAGGUCCGAGAGUUUGGGGAGGUUUUGGGGAAGAUUUAGGGAGUUUUGGGUUGUCCCCCCUGAGGCUCAGGUGUGAAACAGCCACAGGUGUGACUGUAAACCCUCAGGUGUGACAAUAACCCGAGAUGUGACAAUAAACACUCAGGUGUGACAAUAAAACUCCAGGUGUG